AUGCAGUUAUAUACAGACAGGUUGGAGGGUAAAGGAGAGUACAUUCUCCCGACGGAGACACGUUAUGAAGGAGAGAUGAAAGAUGGGAUGUUUCACGGGCAUGGGACUCUGCACUUCCCAAAUGGAAGUAGAUACGAAGCUGAGUGGGACUGCGGUAUCGCACUGGAGGGUGAAUAUACUUUUUCAGAUGGGCUUAAAUUCAAAGAUAAAAACUGGGAAUACUGUGAUGGGUAUGACAGGAGGUUUUAUACCGAGAUCUGCAGUGGAUUAAAACCAGCAGGUCGGUCCCAACUUACAAACUUAGAUCCCCCGCGACAAAUCCCUGACGGGUGCUAUGGUUGUGGUGAUGGAUUCUAUGAUCCAAUCACUCGUGUUGUAAGUGACUUUCAGCACAGGUUUCUGAGAAAUGCAGAUGACGACGAACAUGAGUGGAUUGUUCGCACCUGUCGCAAAGGAUGGGAUCAAGUCACAGGAUAUAAAUCUCAAUCCCCACAUUGCACAGAGACAUAAAUGUACUCUUUUUUCUAAUCACAGCUUUUUCAUGAAGGUCCUGGAAAUCCAUUACUAGGCAAUAAACCCAGGUGAAUUAACCCCAUGUGAGAUCUAUUUUGUAAAACUAGUUGUUGUCCAAAAACCCGUUUCCCCCCAAUCAUGUUCCACAAACUGUAUUGAGGCUUUAGUAACUGGUACACCAUGCCUGUACUGUAACACAACUAUUUGUUCUUUUUUAUGGUUGUAUUUGUUUUAAAUAUAUUGUAUAAUAUUAAAAAAAAUCAACUUA